GCACUGGAGCCCGGCCCGGCCCCGUCGGGCUUCGCCGGACAGCUCGGGGGGCCCGGGCCCCAAAGCUCCCGCGCCGUCAGCCGGGGGCGGGGGGCAGCCCCCCGGGGGCCCCAAGUCCUGUGUGACAAGCAGCCCCUUUUUCCUGGAAGCAGCCCCUGAGCUUUCUCCCAGAUAGACUUAGAGCCUGCAACAUUCCUGCUCUGGAUGACCCGUCACGGGAAGAACUGCACCGCCGGCGCGGUAUACACAUAUCACGAGAAGAAAAAAGACACAGCGGCCUCAGGCUAUGGAACCCAGAAUGUGCGCCUGAGUCGGGAUGCCGUCAAGGACUUUGACUGCUGCUGCCUCUCCCUGCAGCCCUGCCAUGACCCCGUUGUCACCCCUGACGGCUUCCUGUAUGAGCGGGAAGCGAUCCUGGAAUAUAUCCUGCACCAGAAGCGCGAGAUUGCCCGGCAGAUGAAGGCAUAUGAAAAGCAGCGAGGGGCGCAGCAGGAGGAACGGCGGGAGCUGAGCCGGGCAGCCGCCCAGGACCAGCUUCGGGGCUUUCUGGAGAAGGAGGCGGCCAUCGUCAGCCGCCCCCUCAACCCUUUCACUCCUCGGACGGGGGCCGGCCCAGGACCUAGCUCGACCCCUGAGGCCGGGGACAAGGACAAGGCAAAGGAGUUACCCAGCUUCUGGAUCCCAUCGCUGACCCCGGAGGCUAAGGCCAGCAAGCUGGAAAAGCCGUCACGAGUCGUGACGUGUCCGAUGUCGGGAAAGCCCCUGCGCCUGUCGGACCUCAUCUCCGUCCACUUCACCCCGGUGGACAGCUCCGUGGACCGGGUGGGGCUGAUCACCCGCAGCGAGCGCUACGUCUGCGCGGUGACUCGGGACAGCCUGAGCAACUCCACCCCCUGUGCCGUCCUUGGGCCUUCGGGGGCCGUUGUGACCAUGGAGUGUGUGGAGCGCCUGAUCCGCAAGGACAUGGUGGACCCCAUCAGCGGGGCUCCAUUAACAGACAAGGACAUCAUCCUGCUGCAGAGGGGCGGCACAGGCUUCGCAGGUUCUGGGGUGCAGCUGGAGGCCAAGAAGUCCCGCCCCGUGAUGCAGGCCUGAAGGGGCCUGGGGGAGGGGGGCAACAGGACUGUUGUGGAUCGAGCAAAUGGUUAAUAAAGGUGUUGGCCUCCGCUUCCCCGGCUCCCCUGCCUGCACCCCCAAAACAGCCAGACUCGGAGAAGUGAAGGCCUCAGCUUUUAUUGCAGUCCCUCCUUCCCCCAUCCAUCCACGUCCAGGCAGGGGCAGGGAGGGGAGAAGGCGAAUCGGGCCUUCCUGUGGGGCUAGGGCUCCGACGUUCUGCCCGCUGGCACCUGGAUGCCCGGUGCCCGUGCUAAUGCCAGGCCUGCAGGGCUCGGGGUUGUGACUUGGGGAAGCUGCCCCCCUUCCCCCCCACAUGUCCUCCAGAGAGGGAGAGUGUCCAGGAUCCGCAGAAGAUGCUCAGAGCCUCCAGUCAGGACCCCCGGGCCCUGGGUUCUCUCCCAGGAAUCCGGGCUUCGGGGGCCAGGAAUGGGGCAGGCAGGCCCAGGGGGCCCCGGGGCGGAGCCCGUGCUUUUUGUUUCCCCUUCGGGUCUCCAGUGCCUAGCCAGGAGCUGGCACACGGUGCCCAAAUGCUCAUGCGUGAUGGGGA